AUGGAAGCAAGCGCCAUCAAGCCCGAUCGGCAAGACCACUCGCACGCCCGCAAAUGCGCUCCCGGCCCCACAUUCACAGGCUCCACCCUUCCGCCUGAGGACAUGGCGAGCCAGGUGAUCAAGUGCAAGGCUGCGGUUGCCUGGGAGGCUGGAAAGCCACUCUCUGUAGAGGAGGUAGAGGUGGCACCGCCAAAGGCUCAUGAAGUUCGUAUUAAGAUCAUUGCCACUGCAGUUUGCCACACCGAUGCCUAUACCCUGAGUGGAGCUGAUCCUGAGGGGUGUUUUCCAGUGAUCUUGGGACACGAAGGUGCUGGAAUUGUGGAAAGUGUUGGUGAAGCAGUUACUAAUGUAAAGGCAGGUGAUACUGUCAUCCCACUUUACAUACCACAGUGUGGAGAGUGCAAAUUCUGUCUAAAUCCUAAAACAAACCUUUGCCAGAAGAUAAGAGUCACUCAAGGGAAAGGGUUAAUGCCAGAUGGCACCAGCAGAUUUACUUGCAAAGGAAAGACACUUUUACAUUUCAUGGGAACCAGCACCUUUUCUGAAUACACAGUUGUGGCUGAUAUCUCUGUUGCUAAAAUAAAUCCUUUAGCACCUUUGGAUAAAGUCUGCCUUCUGGGUUGUGGCAUUUCAACUGGUUAUGGUGCUGCUGUGAACACUGCCAAGGUGGAGCCUGGUUCUGUUUGUGCCAUCUUUGGCCUGGGAGGAGUUGGACUGGCAGUAAUCAUGGGCUGUAAAGUGGCUGGCGCAACCCGGAUCAUUGGUGUGGACAUCAACAAAGAUAAAUUUGCAAAGGCCAAAAAGUUUGGAGCCACUGAAUGUAUUAACCCCCAGGACUUUAGUAAACCCAUUCAGGAAGUGCUCAUUGAAAUGACUGAUGGAGGAGUGGACUAUUCCUUUGAGUGUAUUGGUAAUGUGAAGGUUAUGAGAGCAGCACUUGAGGCGUGCCACAAAGGCUGGGGCAUCAGUGUGGUGGUUGGCGUGGCUGCUUCAGGUGAAGAGAUUGCGACUCGCCCAUUCCAGUUGGUGACAGGUCGCACAUGGAAAGGCACUGCCUUUGGAGGAUGGAAGAGUGUAGAAAGUGUCCCAAAGUUGGUAUCUGAAUAUAUGUCCAAAAAGAUAAAAGUGGAUGAAUUUGUGACUCACAAUCUGUCUUUUGGCGAGAUUAACAAAGCCUUUGAAUUGAUGCACUCAGGGGAGAGCAUUCGAACUGUUAUAAAGAUAUAAAUUCAAAAAAGAAAAGUAUGUCCGUUCUGUCUUGUGAUCUGAUGGGAGCAGCCUGACAGGCAGGAGGAAGCUCUUGCAAGUUCACAGCUUCUUAGCCCUUCAGUUACUCCUCUGGGGAAUAGUGUUAUAUGUGUCAUUCAUAAAUCUCUGUAAUCAAGGACAAGGCUAAUUGAGUCAGAAGUCUGUUUUCUGAACUCUCUUUCGCCUAAAUAAUUGUUAGCUCAUUAAGGAACAUUUUCACAUAAUAAAAUUAAUUUCUACA